ACGACAUAAAUUCGUAUCGUGUUUACUAACGGCGGCUAAACGGUCGUCAGACGGUUUAAGAUCUUAUCACCGUGGAAUUAAAACAGUUUCAUCCAACCAGCAGCUGCCGAACAGUUAAUCACAGAUGGCGGAUCCUGCGGUGGCAUCGGGGGGCUCACUGAACGCAGGAGGGCGUGGGAGCAGUAGUAAAGCAGCCACCAGCCCUGCAGAGAACUACAACCUGGCCCGGCGGCGCACCCUGCAGGUUGUCGUCAGUGCCCUCCUGACAGAGUGCGGCUUUGAGAGUGCAGAGAAGGCAGCAGUGGAGACGCUCACUGAGAUGAUGCAGAGCUUUAUAUCUGAAAUAGGUCGGUGUGCUAAAGCUUACUGCGAACACACCGCCAGAAGUGUCCCAACCCUGUCGGAUACAGUAGUCACGCUCAUUGAAAUGGGUUUCAAUGCAGACACUCUGCCUGUGUACGCCAAGAGAUCACAGAGAAUGGUUAUAACUGCCCCUCCAGUGACGAACCCACCUGUGACCCCCAAAGCACUGUCAGCCGGACAGAAACGCACACAUCCGGCGUACAUCCCCAGCCACUUCCCAGAGUUCCCUGACCCUCACACAUACAUCAAAACACCUACGUUCAGAGAGCCUGUGUCGGACUACCAAGUGGUGAGAGAAAAGGCAGCAACACAGAGGAGAGACGUGGAGCGAGCACUCACGCGCUUCAUGGCCAAGACUGGAGAAACUCAGAGCCUCUUCAAAGAUGACAUCACUGCCUUCCCAUUGAUCGCAGCACGACCAACCUCCAUCCCAUAUCUCAGCGCCCUCCUGCCCUCGGAGCUGGAGUUACAGACUCUGGAGGAGACAGACUCGUCUGAGCAGGACGACCAGACAGACAGCGAGAACACAGCAGGAAACAUCGUCACUGAUGAUCCAGGAAAUGACAAAGAGAACUCCAUGCUUCCUCCCAGCGGCGUCGUUCCCUCCCAAAAAGUCAGCGAGGACAAUGUGAUUGAUAACCCGUACCUCAGGCCGGUCAAGAAACCCAAAGUGAGGAGGAAGAAAUGAGUCGGGAGCCACCUGAACUAACAGACUCAAAUUUUGCCACAGCAGUUGGUGUGUUCAGUGGUUCAGUCACAGAGGAGCAGCCCGGUGUUGAAGCCCACAGUCUGAGCUGGAACCAGUGGCCACUUAUCCUCAGCACCGGGACCAGUACUGCUGCUGGCUCUUUGUAUACUGACUGACUUCUAUUGAAGAUAAUUUUUUGUUGUGUGAACUGUCCUUUUUUUCAGCAAGUGCUCACUCUGUUUCAAAUUUGUCACAUCACUUUGUAAGCAAAACCAUUGUGUGACAUACAAACCAUACCAUACCAUUCAUUUUGUGAAUAAAGAAAUACAAGUUUCUUUCUUUAA